AUGUCAGAUGAUAACGCAAACAAUACUAAAGAAAUAAGAAAAGAUACAAAUGUACCUACAGAUAUUAACAUUGACACAGAAUUGAACAUGUCAGAUUCUAAUAGAAGCAAGAUAAAUGAUUUGCCAUUAAAUAGAACAACAGAUGAUAAGCUUAAUAUCAAAGAUAUGUGCCUAAUGAACAAAGGAUCCCACGAUAAUGGACAAUGUAGCACAUUAGAUAUAAUUUGUGAUAAACCUGAUCCAACUGCUAUUAAAAAAAUAAGAGGAGAUACAAAUAUAUCUGCAAAUACUAGUAUUGUUGACAGAGAAUGUAAUAUAUUAGAUUGCAAUAUUAAUAAAAUAAAUGAUUUAUUAUUAAAUAGUGUUACAACAAGUAAUACAUUUAAUAUCAAAGAUAUGUGCAUAAUGAACAAAAGAUCCCACGAUAAUGGACAAUGUAGUACAACAGAUAUAAUUUGUAAUAAGUCUGAUCCAAAUGCUAUUAAAGAAAUACAAAAAGGAGAUACAAAUAUAUCUGCAGAUACUAGUAUUGACAGAGAAUGUAAUAUAUCAGAUUGCAAUACUAAUAAGAUAAAUG